AACCAUGGAGUACUCUCUCCCUUCCUACCUCGACUACUCCACCACCACACUCCUCUCCUCCCUCAUCAUCCUCGCCGCCGCCUACCUCACUUUCCGGCAAUUCCGCCACCGCCGGCCGCCAAUCUUCCUCCUCGACUUCGCCUGCUUCAAGCCCCCUCAAAACUACCGCGUCCCCUACGCCGCCUUCGCCGAGCACGCCCGCUUUAUCGUCGGCGAGGAAAUCGCUUCUUUCCUCGUCCGAGUCCUCGAAAAAUCCGGCCUUGGUGAGGAAACGGCUCUCCCCGUCGGCGCUCACUAUAUAGAACCAUCUCCCAGGCCGACGAUGAGCGGAUCCCGCGACGAGGCUGAGCUGGUGAUCUUCUCCGCCAUCGAUGAUUUGCUGAAGAAGACUGGCGUUGACCCCCUCGAUAUUGGCGUUCUCGUCAUCAACAGCAACAGCUUUUAUCCUGUGCCGUCUUUGACCUCCAUGGUUGUCAACCGGUAUAAGCUCAGAAGCGACAUUCGGAGCUACAGUCUUGCGAGCAUGGGAUGCAGCUCAGGGCCGAUUUCCAUUGGCCUUGCAAGGGAUCUCUUGAUUGCGAACCCAAACAAGGGCCUGGCUCUAGUAGUCUCCACCGAAAUCAUCACUUCCCCAAGCUGGUACCAAGGCAAGCUCCGCUCCAUGCUUAUUCCCAACUGCCUCUUCCGCCUCGGCGGCGCCGCCAUCCUCCUCUCCGCCUCCCCUUCCCACCGCCCCCGCUCCAAAUACCAACUCAUACACGUCAUCCGCACCCACCUCGCCUCCGACGACCGCGCCUACCGUUGCCUCUGGAUGGAAGAAGACGACGCCGGACAUCUCGGCAUCUCCCUCUCCAAACAAGUCGUCGACGUCGCCUCCAAAGCACUCGAACUCCAUUUCGCCACUCUCUGUCCUCUCGUCCUCCCCUUAUCCGAAAAACUCCGCUACCUCUCCUUUCUUCUCCAACGCUCCAACAAGAAAUCGGUCUCUCCCGCGCCAACUUUCGUGCCCGAAUUCCGACGCGCGUUCGACCAUUUCUGCUUGCACGCCGGCGGGAAGGCGGUGGUGGAUGGCUUGCAGAAGGUGUUGGAGUUGAGAGACGAGGAAGUGGAAGCGACGAGAAUGUCUCUGCAUAGGUUUGGCAAUACGUCGAGCAGUUCGGUGUGGUAUGGUUUGGGGUAUACGGAGGCGAAGGGGAGGGUGAGGAAAGGAGAUAGGAUCUGGCAACUGGGGCUUGGCGGUGGCUUCAAGUGUAACAGCGCGGUGUGGAGGUGCAUUAGAGAUGUGGAUGCCAAGGAAGGAGGAGGGGCUUGGGCGGAUUGCGUUCAUAGGUAUCCUGUUUGUUGCUGAUUGUAAGCGAGUUUCACAACGCGAUUUCUUAUCGGAGUAAUGCACGGUACAGUACAGUAAGUGCUGUGGGGUUAAUUAAUUUGGUAAUUAAUGAGGAUUUCAAAGGGGGAGGACUGGAGGAGGAGGGCCUUGUUAGUUUUUAAAUAAUUAUUCUUUGUGUUAUCAAGGAAGAAAUGUAUUACUGUAUUCAAUUGGUAAUUGGAUAGGGGAUCUUUAAGACUUUAAUUAAUGUUGUAUUGGUAUUAUAUAUUUAUAUUGUUGUUGUUGUCUUAUAUCAAAUAAGACUAUCAGAUUUUUAUUUUUAAAAUGUUUUAUUAGUGGAAUGAAGCAU